AUGCCAAAAAUGAACAAAAAAACUACCCGAAUUAGUGCCCCCAAGACUUUUAAGUAUGUUGAACCCUUGGUAGAGGAGUUGAAAGCAAUCCGAUAUGAAGGGAAAAUUGAGGACGUUAGUUCAAAGGCGGUCUUAGAGGACCAGUUAUGUAAAUUUAUAUGUGCAAUAAAACGUAGGGAUGGUAAAGAUUACCAUGCAUCGUCUAUAAGAAAUUGCAUGGCUGCGAUUUGGCAUCAUCUAAAUGAACAUUCAGCUUUAGAGAAACCCGUGGACAUAUUAAAUCUGAAAGUUUUUUAUGACCUGAACACUAUUAUGAAUAGAAAAUUGAAGAUGCUAUCUCUAGCAGGCCUUGGUGAACAUAACGGUACCGAUGGUCUUUUGAUAACUGAGGUUGAACAAAUUCUAGCACACCCCACAAUGCAGCGUAACUAUCCUGAAGGGUUACUUCGCCGUGUAUUUUUUUACAAUGCUAUAUUAUUAGCUUUGCGUGAUGGUAAACAUCAAGACCUUAAAAUCGAUAAUUUUGUGAAAAGGGUUGAUGGCGGAAUAGAUGUCAAUUUGAACGAUCAUGAUGAACAAGCCGAAAUGAUUAGUUUACCCAACAAUAAACAAAUUAUUGAUGAUUAUGAGUUUUAUUUUACAAAACGUCCAGCAACAGCCGUUAAUAAUUUUUACUUGAAACCCUGUACUUCAAAUGAUAUUGAUUUCAGUAAACAAUGGUUCUAUACACGUGCAUUGCCCGAACGUACAUUGAAAGGCUACUUUCGCCUUAUCUGUGAAACGACAAAUAUUAAGAUCGGUGAUAGAAUCAUCUCUAAUCAUUCAGGCCGGAAGACGGCUGUACAAGUAUUGAAAGAAUUGGGAUAUUCUGACGCAGUUGUAAUGUCCAUCACACGCCAUAAAACCCAACAGGGUCUAGCAUUGUACGAACGUCCCAAGAUAGUAAUGCAGCACCAAGGUUUGAACAGAUUUUUUAAUGCAUUAUCGAACGUUGCAUGUUCAUUACCCGAAUCACCUAAAACUAAUCAAGAAACAUCUGAGCAAGCCAAAGCAUCUAAAAAAUUGUAUGGUGAUUUUACAUUGGCAAGUGAUUACAUGUCAUUUGAUACAGAUAUUCCUGACGAAGAUUUUUCAACAACAAAUACUGAUUUACCUGAACCUUCGCGAAAUGCAUUGAGCGAACAAAGGCAAAUUAAUCCAGAAAUCGAAACCGAAGGUCAAAAGCAAAUGGAAAAUCACGUUAAUCAAGAUAUUGAAGACCAAAAACAAACAAAAAAUGAAGCAUUAGAAAAGUUUCUUACCGGAAAU